AUGGCCAGCACAGGCGGAGAUUGCAGCAGAAACGACUGCUUAUACACCAUUCUCCAAUAUUCACCUUCGCUGGUCGGCAACGCCGUCCUGCUAGCCCUUUUCGCUAUUCUUAUUCCCAUUUCCUGCCUAUUGGGGUUUCGGUAUCACAGUAUCGUCUUCUCCACGACCAUAGUCACUGGACUACUCCUCGAGAUCAUCGGCUACAUCGGCCGUGUUUUGCUUUCACUGAGAGACAAUGGGACCAGAGCCGACUAUGCUCUGUCACAGCUCGGCACGGUUUUGGCACCCACGACCAUCUCAUUGGCCAUUUUUCGACUGAUGCCGCCAAUCGUGGCAGCGUAUGGUGAACAAUACCGACCGUGGAGGCCGACUUGGCACAAUGUGGUAUUUUAUGCUUUUAUCAUCAUAUGCAUCAUUCUUCAGGCCGUCGGCGCCAUCUUAUCAACCGUCUUUGACAACUCUAUUCUGUACAAUUUUGGGAUUCGUCUUCUAGUCGCAGGCUUGGCCAUACACUUGGUCAGUCUGUUCGUCUUUGUGAUACUCGGCUUCCGAUUUGCGCUCGCUGUACGACAGAGGAAAGGGGGCUGGGACCGAGGCAUGCCUGCAGUACAUGACACAGCUCGAUUCAAGUCGUUUCUGUUUGGCAUCAGCCUCUCUACCUUUCUACUUGUGGCUCGCACAAUAUAUCGAACCAUUGCCGUCGCCAGGGACUCGUCGGCAAUCGAACGGAGCGAAGUCCUCUUUCUUGUGCUCGACGGCGCGCUCGUCUUUCUAGCCACGGCACUACUCCAGAUCUUGUUUCCCGGCAAGAUGCUGAGCACUUCGUGGUCCGACAGCACUCUCCACGAGCGUCGUAUGACGCAAAAGGGCGCGGCUGUCAUUAGCCGUCCUGCGCCCAUACAGCUGGAACGGUCCUCGUACGCUCCCUACCACACUCGGGUAAGUCUCCAGUCGGGCAAGACUACCUCGCCCAACAUGUACUCGCCGCAGACGUACCAGAUAUAUUCGCCCCACGGGCAGUCUCCAAAAACAAUCUCUCCCAAGACGUCGCCUCGGAGAUCAAUGAUUCCACCACCUUCGCAAAGAACCAUGGCCGAUCAGCGACGAAACAUGGUUGAUUCCGAGCAGUUAUGGUGA